AUGCGAUUGUUUUCUUACACCACUGUGCUCCUCGCCGCCUUUAUCACUGCGACAGGCGCCAGACCGGCAAAUCCAAAGUCGGGAGCUCCAUACUGCCCCCCACGUUCAGUUACGCCUCGGCAACAGAGAGCCAUCUUCGAGGAGUUCGUACACAAGCUCUACAUCAAAAGGAAUAUUACCCAAGCACUUCUUGACCAUAUGCCUGAGGAUUAUAUCCAGCACAAUCCCUUCGUCCUUUCUGGGCGUGAUAAUGGCAUUGAAGGGUUAUCGUUCGUUUCACCGGAUACGGUCAACUUUACAAUCGCAAGACUAGAAAUGGACAGAGAUAUUGCGUUCGUUCAUUCUCGAUUGGAUAGAGUCGAUUUAUCUCAGCCAACUGCCGUCGUGGACUUGCUCCGGUUUGAGGGCUCCUGCUUGGUGGAGCACUGGGAUGUUCUUCAGGAGGUGCCCGACAAUGGAAUUAACCUAUUGGACAUGUGGUGA